UAGAAACUGACUUAAAAGCCUUCAAUCAACAAAAGGAUAUGGAAGAUGGCCUAAAUGCCAUUUUGACCAAAUUAAAACCAAAUAAUUUUGCCGAUAGUCAGGUAAAAACUCGCUAUCAAAGCAUUGAAGACAGCAUUCGUAAAAUUGUUCCUACUACUACCGGAGGAGGAAAUAAAGAUUGA